AUGGCGCCGGCCCUGCCCCGCCUGCUGAGCGCGGUCUCCGCAGGUGCUUGGCCCAGGCCGCUCGGGCUGCGCCUCCUCGAGGCGGCGACCCCGGGCCCGGCCGGGCCGAGCUGCAGGACUCUGGGGAGCGCCACGGCCCCCGCCGCGAGCCAGCCGGAGGGCCCCGGCGACCUCCAGGACAGGGUCCUCAGUGAGCCGCUCAAACACGCCGACUUCUUCAACGUCAAGGAGCUGUUUUCUGUGAGGAGCCUCUUCAAUGCCCGGGUGCACCUGGGACACAAAGCCGGCUGUCGGCACAGGUUCAUGGAGCCCUACAUCUUCGGGACCCGCCUGGGCCAGGACAUCAUUGACCUGGAGCAGACGGCCGAGCACCUGCAGCUGGCCUUGAACUUCACGGCCCACGUGGCCUACCGCAAGGGCAUCAUCUUGUUCGUGGGCCGCAACCGCCAGUUCUCACACCUGAUCGAGGACACGGCCCGGGCCUGUGGCGAAUACGCCCACACCCGCUACUUCAAGGGCGGGCUGCUGACCAACGCGCCCCUCCUGCUGGGCCCCGGGGUCCGCCUGCCGGACCUUCUCAUCUUCCUGCACACGCUCAACAACGUCUUCGAGCCCCACGUGGCCGUGAGAGACGCCGCCAAGAUGAACAUCCCCACGGUGGGCGUCGUGGACACCAACUGCAACCCCUGCCUCAUCACGUACCCCGUGCCCGGCAACGACGACUCACCCCCGGCCGUCCAGCUGUUCUGCUCGCUGUUCCGGGCCACCGUCAACCGGGCCAAGGAGAAGCGGAGGCAGGUCGAGGCCCUGUAUCGACUGCAGAGCCAGGAAGGGGCCCAGGGCCGGGAUCCUGCCGACCCUCCAUCCCCGGGGACCCAGGCUCGGCGGGAUGUGGGUCGUCAACGUGACGUGUCCGCUCUUCUUCCAAAUAAAAACAGCAGCCAAGCCCGGCCGGCGUGGCUCAGUGGAUGGAGCUCGUCCCAUGGAGGUGCGGACGGUGAAGGCAGGCACGCGGAGAAGCUGGUGGAGCACCUGGUGCCAGCCUUCCCGGGCAGCAACCUCUCCUACGUCACCAUCUUCCUGUGCACCUACCGGACCUUCACCACCACCCAGCAGGUCCUGGACCUGCUGUUCAGGAGUGCCAUCUCCUCCAUCCUGGGCACCUGGCUGGACCAGUAUUCGGAGGACUUCUGCCAGCCCCCGGACUUCCCCUGCCUCAAGCAGCUGGUGGCCUACGUGCAGCUCAACAUGCCUGGCUCCGACCUGGAGCGCCGUGCCCACCUCCCCCAGGCUCGGCUGGAGCGCCGUGCCCACCUCCCCCUGGCUCGGCUGGAGCGCCAUGCCCACCUCCCCCUGGCUCGGCUGGAGCGCCGUGCCCACCUCCCCCUGGCUCGGCUGGAGCGCCGUGCCCACCUCCCCCAGGCUCGGCUGGAGCGCCGUGCCCACCUCCCCCAGGCUCGGCUGGAGCGCCGUGCCCACCUCCCCCUGGCUCGGCUGGAGCGCCGUGCCCACCUCCCCUGGCUCGGCUGGAGCGCCGUGCCCACCUCCCCCUGGCUCGGCUGGAGCGCCGUGCCCACCUCCCCCUGGCUCGGCUGGAGCGCCGUGCCCACCUCCCCCUGGCUCGGCUGGAGCGCCGUGCCCACCUUCUCCAGGCUCGGCUGGAGUGCCGUGCCCACCUCCUCUUGA